AUGUCCGAUAUCAGUGAUGAUGAGAAGAGUCCAAGGCUGGACGCUAAAUCAUCAAAGGACAGGAAAACAGGGGACAGCUCGGUAAGGAGCAUGGAGGUCCCGCCAAUUUAUCGGCUUGCGUCUUCUGACAGCACAAGAGCCCAGGUGAUCGGGUGCACCCUCAACAGUGACAACUACCUAACAUGGUCACGGGCUAUGCUAAUUGCGCUUCGAGCCAGGAACAAGUUGGCUUUCAUCGACGAAUCUCUGGAGAGACCAGACGAUGAUGACCCUCUCAAAGAGAGGUGGGAGAGGUGUAAUUCCACGGUUUUGGCGUGGAUGUUUAACACCAUGGAGGGGAGUCUCCAGGCCACCGUAGCCUACGCGGUGGAUGCCAGAAACCUAUGGGAUGAUCUCAACGAGAGAUUUUCCGUAGGGAAUCAGUCUAGGGUUUUUCAAAUCAAGACUGACAUUUGUUUUCUCAAGCAGGAUGGGUUGAAUGUUCGGGACUAUUACGACAAAUUGAAAUUAUUGUGGGACGAGUUGGAAUUCUAUUUGGAACACCCGAGUUGUAGCUGUGGAGCGAACGCCACAAUUGCAACACAGAAGGAAGCAGAAAAGUGCUAUUAG